AUGGACGAGUUGAGGAAACAGAUUGAUGAGCUUAAGUUAUCUGCGUCCUUCGACAUUUCCCAGGUUAACGACUUGAAAGCUGAGCUUAUGGCUGUGCAACGUGCUAAUACUGAAUUGCGUUCACAGAACUCUGAUAUGCAAAAGACCGUGACUCAACUAUUAACGCAAUUUAACAGCCUUGACCAAAGUAUGCGCGAGGCGAAUCUAGAAAUUAACGGUUUACCUGAAAAUAAGAAUGAAGUAUUAUCAACUAUCGUCACACAAUUGGCUGGUGUUGUAUCGUAUGCGCUAAAAGACUGCGAUAUUGUGAAGUGCGUCCGAGUGGCCAGUAUGAAUAAAGAUAAGUCUCGCCCGCGCUCUGUGAUAGUGAAGCUGCGUAGCCCUAGAUGUCGUGACGAACUCUUUUCUGCAAUAACUAGGUUCAACAAAUCUCACUCGGAUAAUAAAUUAAACACAAGUCUUUUGGGUUAUGGCGGAAACAGAGAACCAGUUUAUGUAUCUGAGCACCUUUCUCCGACUUAUAAGUCCUUACAUGCUGCUGCACGUCUUAGGGCUAAAGAAAAGUCCUAUAAGUUUGUUUGGGUUCGCUAUGGCAAAAUUUUUAAACAUGGUUAG